UAACUUGAAUCAAGCAAAAUUAUCUGUCAGUAUGGAGAGUUAUACUUAGAGAGAUUUCUUAAAAGUAUUAGUAAAAAUUUAAUUGGUUUAAGGUAUAGUGGCUAGAUUUAAGUAACACUAUUUUGAUCUGAGGUUGUAAUAAUUAUCUAAAUUUAACAAAAGUAGCAUAUGAGUCUUGUUUUAAGCAUUUUUUGAAAGUUCAUUUGGCUUGAGAAUGCUUGAACAGCUUCAGCUCAAAACUAGAGAAUCUUUGCUGUAAAAUUCACAAAAAUGUGCUUAAAAGUGCCUUGAAUCAACUCUAUAAUGCUUAAAAUAAGAUUCCUGAAAAUACUACUAAAAAUGAGACAUGCAAACUUUCACAGGAAUGACAAUAACCUGCUUUAUUAGCUCCAAACAGAUAAAAAAAAGACAGAAUCUAAUAAUUCUUUUUGCUCAUGUGGUGGCCCAGCUAACACUGAAAUCCUUAAAAGCCAGAACGUCUUAAAAAUGAUUGACAGAUCUUGCUUUUUUAUUUUGAGAUGAACAGGCAACACUAGAUGUUGUACGUAUGAGGUUUAUCACUAUGAAAGAGGAAAUGUAAAGACAACUUCUGUCAUUUUAAGAAUGCAAUGUUUUGGACGAUUAUAGAGCUACACAUCUGUCCGGUUAAAUUAUGAAAAUAAGUAAAGUUUUCUUGAAAUUUAUUCUUUUAUAGUGUAGAACUUCAAAACUGUUCAGAUCUCUCAAAAAGUUUCUCAUUUCUUUUGUGUAAAUAAGAUAAUUCUAGACAGAGAUUCUAAAAGCUGGCUGAUUAAUCACAUACAUACAAAUGUAGUCUAGAAUAGUUUAUCUUUGAAUGAAAAAGCAGUGAUUUUAAUCAUGAAGAUUUCAGGUUUUUUUAUUUGUUUAUUUGAUUUGUUUAGUUUUUGCAGUGUAUGGACAAAUCUUCCUUCUGGAUUUUGAAACAAGCAAUUUUACUGGCUCAAUGACGCUAAAAAGGCCAGCUAUUUAGGUUCUGAAACUUGGUGUUGAAUGACAAUGAUUUUGGUGCUGAUGUAACUUGGUACUGCAAUUGUUGAAUUUAAUACUCAGCCCUGAUCAUGAUACUGGAAGGCAUUUGUGCAGUGCACAAUAUGGAUCACAGUAUAUGUUUUUUCUGAGGUUUGAGGUCAAGUUGGAACAAACAGCAAAACAAAAAGACUUUGAAAAACUAUGAGUUAUGAUUUUUAAUUAACUCUAUUAUUCACUAACUACUAUGGAUUAUUCAGUAGCCUCUAUUAAUUAUUUAGGAAGAAAAUAAUGUGCACAAUCUGUGGUUAUGAGAGUGCAGUGUGGACCAAAGGGUCCUUGCAGUUCAAGGCACUGAAACUUCUCACCUAUUUUGUGGACUCUGAACUAUUGUGCGAUGACACCACUGCACACACAGAAUUAUAUAAGAGCUCACAGUCAGACCGAGUUGAGCUCAGUCUGCCUCAGUGUUGCUGGGCUGGGCCCUUUACUGUCACAUUAUAGUCCUGGCAAAAGGGGUUUUUGAGAGGCCUGGUAAGAAUGCAUUGUGUUACAGUUCUGGGGCUGCUGGCUUUGCUCUGCUGCUCUUCUAUAGGGACAGUACAAGGGGGGAAAAUAGUAGUCAUGCCUGUGGACGGCAGUCACUGGCUCAGUAUGAAGAUUCUGGUGGAGGAGUUGUCUCAGAAAGGCCACGAGAUGGUGGUUUUGGUUCCUAAGGCUAACUAUCAUAUCCGGAAUGGCAGCUACACCACUAGGACCUUCAAGGUACCCUACACAGAGGCUGAUCUGGAUGCUUCAAUAGAUAUGAUUAAAAAGUGGAUGCUGAAGGCUCCAGGACUUUUCAAUGUUCCAGAAAUGUUCAAAAUAGGUAUGAAUUUCACAGAGUUGCAGGUGAAAGGCUGUGAAGCCCUGCUGUAUGAUGAGUCUCUGAUGAGGAGCCUGCGGGAGCAAGGCUUCGAUCUCAUGCUAACUGACCCUUUCCUGCCUUGUGGUACGAUCAUCGCUGAUGCUUUCUCGAUUCCUGCCAUUUAUUUCUUGCGUGGGAUCCCCUGCGGACUGGACCUGGAAGCAGCCCAGUGCCCCUCACCCCCUUCUUAUGUCCCACGGCUCCUUACGGGAAACACAGACACCAUGACUUUCCCUCAAAGGGUUAAGAACAUGCUCAUGGUGGGAGUCGAGUUGAUCCUCUGUCAGACUCUUUAUGGCAGCUUUGAUGAACUGACCAGCAGAUAUCUGAAGAAGGACACCUCCUAUAAACAGCUUCUUGGUCAUGGUGCGAUUUGGUUCAUGAGGCACGACUAUACGUUUGAGUACCCUAAACCCCUAAUGCCCAACAUGGUGAUAGUUGGAGGCAUCAAUUGUGCCAAGAAGAAGCCCCUGUCAGCGGUGAGUAGUGCUGAACAACAUCUGUGUUUUUCUCUUUAUAGUUUGAUUUGAUCAGAAUUUGACUUAAAAUGUCAGCACUGUGGUAGAUUUAAGGCAUCAAAAAUGUUGAAAGAGUUACCAAACUUGUGUUGCAUCCAUGUGCUAAGAACAGACUCGGUGUUCGUCAGCCAGUGUUGACAAGUGCACCAUCACCCCCUGCUCUGAGCUCUGCCUUCAGUUUCUCAUGGUUUCCCCUGUGUUCUUGUUACGAGAUCACGUCUGACCACAUGAGAGAACUUCAGGGCUGCUAUGAAUUUCUAAAGGAAUAGUUUGAAAAAUCAGGUUUACACAGUUUUUAACUUACUCCAGAUGUAGUCAAUCAGCUGAGACCGGUUUGUCUCCACAUUUCGCUUCUUUACUUUAGAGCUGUAGCUAAAACGCUAAAGUUGCUAACAAAUCCUAGAAGUUAAUAGUCAUACAAAUCUUUUCCUUUAAUAGAUCAACAAAACG